AUUGAAUUUUACGUAUUUUUUUCAGUCUAACGGUUAGAUUUGACAUUAUUUCACUACUGAUAAUAUCUUAUAGCUCAAUAGCGAUCAGAUAAUACACGAUUUUCGUCCACUAUUUAUAAAGAUUUGACAACAAUUAUUUAUUUAUUUACAUAAUAAACUUUACAUACGCAAGAAGUAAGCGGGAUUUCUGUGAAUAUGGAUGCAAGUAAAGCGACAGGAGCGAGCGUACUCCCGAUUGCGCGCGUAAAGCGCAUUAUAAAAUUAGACGAGGAAAUAACAACAAUUGGUACAGAUUCGACAUUUUUAAUAGCGAUUGCAGCGGAACUUUUCGUAGAUUAUUUUGUAAAAAAAGGAUCUGAUCAAAUCAAAUCUGAAAGAAGAAAGACUAUCCGGUACGAAGAUAUGGCCAACAUAGUUAAAGAGAAUGAAAAUCUAGAAUUUUUACAAGACAUUGUGCCACAACCUCAAACAUUUGAAGAAUAUCUCGAAACCCGUAAUCGAAGAAAAAAGAAACGAAAAGCCAAAGUGAUUGAUGAAGACGGUAGCGGAGAAGAGGUUGAUGAUAACGAAGAAGAUAGUGAAGAUGAAAACAGCGAUGAGAUUGGAGAAAAUGGGAAUAAUUCUAGUGAUUUAGAAAAUAGUCAGUCAAAUGAGGAAAUUAGUGAUACAGACACUAUAAAUGAAAAUAAUAGUGAUGUUGGAGAUAGUAAUGAAAAUAAUAGCGAGGACGAAGUAGAAAAUGAAUCUGAAGUAGAGAAUGGAAUAAACUCACAAGAAGAAAAUAGCGAUGCUGAAACUUCAAUGAACGGUGAUAACAAUCAUCGAAAACGUAACAGGAAGAAUGUUGCUAUGAAUAACGGCGUUUCAUCAGACAGUGAACUUAGUGAUGCUCCUGAAACUUCAAGUGACAAUUCAACUGUAUUAAACGACGAAAAUGAAUAAAUGUUAUUAAAUAAUUAUAAAUUUUCUAUAAUUUCAAUUUUAUUUUAAGUUUUUAUACUGCGGUAAAAUGUAGUAAUUCCGGCCAAAAUUUUAAUAACUUUAAUGUUGGUAGUUACACUUGAUUAUGUUGAGGCGUCAAACUAGAUUCGAUCGCCGCAUGAAAAGAAUUUAUACGUCAUUUAA